UUCCGAUCCGACACUCUCUCACACACAGAACAGAGAAACAGUGAGAAUGUUUAGUUUUGGUGUUUCCUCCUCCACCGCCGCCGCCAUCACCACCACAGCCGCCGCCUCCGCCGGUUCCACUCGUAUUCUCUGUGCAACCAUUUGCCCCCAUUCUUCUUCACUCAUACCUACACAUCACUUUUCUUCUCAUCUUCUUCCCACAACUUCGGUUUCUUCAUCUGCACAACGAUUAAGGUGUGUUCCUAUCAAAGCUAUGGCUGAAACAACUCAUACAUUGUCUGUGCCAAAAUCUGCUUCAUUAUCUCCAGGAAGCAAGCAAGCUUUGAUAUCGUUGUCAGACAAGAAAGAUCUUGCAUUUGUUGGAAAUGGACUCCAGGAAUUAGGAUUCACUAUUGUUUCAACUGGAGGAACAGCUUCUGCAUUGGAAAGUGCUGGAGUGGCUGUAACUAAAGUUGAACAGCUUACGCAGUUCCCUGAAAUGCUUGACGGUCGUGUCAAAACUCUGCACCCUAAUAUACAUGGAGGUAUCCUUGCUCGAAGAGACCAAAAGCAUCAUAUUGAAGCUCUCAGUACACAUGGAAUUGGUACUUUUGAUGUUGUGGUGGUGAACUUGUAUCCAUUUUAUGAUAAAGUUACAUCAACUGGAGGCAUUGAAUUUGAGGAUGGAAUCGAAAACAUUGACAUUGGUGGUCCAGCCAUGAUUCGAGCUGCUGCAAAGAAUCACAAGGAUGUUUUGGUAGUGGUUGAUUCAGAAGAUUACCCUGCCCUUCUAGAAUUUCUUAAAGGAAACCAAGAUGAACAAUUCAGGCUAAAGCUUGCAUGGAAAGCUUUUCAGCAUGUUGCUUCAUAUGAUUCUGCAGUAUCUGAGUGGCUGUGGAAACAAAGUGUGGGAGAUAAAUUUCCUCCUAGUCUGACAGUUCCUCUUUCACUCAAAAGUUCCCUCCGUUAUGGUGAAAAUCCUCAUCAAAAAGCCGCAUUCUAUGUUGACAAAAGACUUGCAGAGGUCAACGCUGGUGGAAUUGCUACAGCCAUCCAGCACCAUGGAAAGGAGAUGUCUUAUAAUAACUACUUGGAUGCUGAUGCUGCUUGGAACUGUGUGUGCGAGUUCAGAAACCCCACAUGUGUAGUUGUGAAGCAUACUAAUCCUUGCGGUGUAGCUUCACGUGAUGAUAUUCUUGAAGCCUACAGAUUAGCUGUUAAAGCCGACCCUGUCAGUGCAUUCGGAGGAAUUGUAGCUUUCAAUGUGCAAGUUGAUGAGGUUCUUGCUAAAGAAAUAAGAGAAUUUAGAAGCCCCUCCGAUGGGGAGACAAGGAUGUUCUACGAAAUAGUGGUUGCACCCAGCUAUACAGAGAAAGGACUUGAGAUUCUUCGUGGAAAAUCAAAGACUCUACGGAUUCUUGAAGCAAAAAAGAACGAAGCAGGAAAGCUUUCACUCAGACAAGUUGGUGGAGGAUGGUUAGCCCAGGAUUCCGAUGACUUGACUCCAAAUGACAUCAAGUUCAACGUAGUCUCAGAUAAGACUCCUCAGGAUGGUGAACUUCACGAUGCGGAGUUUGCAUGGUUGUGCGUGAAGCAUGUAAAAAGCAAUGCUAUUGUGAUAGCUAAGGACAAUUGUAUGUUAGGUAUGGGAAGCGGCCAACCGAACCGUGUGGAGAGUUUAAGAAUAGCAAUGAGGAAAGCUGGAGCUGAUGUUAAAGGAGCAGCCUUAGCUAGUGAUGCCUUCUUCCCAUUUGCUUGGAAAGAUGCAGUAGAAGAAGCGUGUGAAAGUGGAAUUGGAGUUAUCGCAGAACCAGGUGGUAGUAUAAGAGAUCAGGAUGCUAUAGACUGUUGUAACAAGUACGGCGUUUCACUGCUCUUUACCAAUGUGAGGCACUUCAGGCACUGAUCAUUUUCCUUUUGAGAGAACUUUGUCUCAAAUAUCUAAGCGGUGUUUCCGAAACCCCUUUUUGACAUCAUGUAGCUCUAUAAGAAUGUUGUACUAUAUAUUUUAUCAACGCUUUUAAAUAGCGGCUAUAGUGGUGCUACAGCUCAGUGGAACUUGAACAAAUUGCUAUUGUUCCAUGAUACGCUCUUAGUUUAAAGUACUGUCAAAUAACAACUAUAGCAUUGUUGUGUAAUGGAAUCCGAACAAACUGUUGUUUUCUGCUAUUUGCAACUUUGCAGUGUUGUGUAAGGCAAAAUAAUGCUUCUAAAUUAAUGUUUUAGUAGUUUUUUUUUUUUGGUACAUUA